CCAACCAUCAUUGACUAACCCCAUUCUCACAGCGGCACUGGAACCCAUCGUCUUCCACAUCCCCAUCAGAUCAAAGACGUGACUUAGUCCGCGCCUUCAUGAAUUUAGAAACCAUCCCAAAAGAAUGGGACACCACAGGCCGCCAAAGCCACUCCACACGCACCAUGGAACGCAUCCCAACCGCCGACGAAAUCCGCGAGAUCCUCGCUCCCUGGCGUCCCCUCCGCUGGCGUCAGGCCGCCUUGACCAUAUGGAAAAGCCGUGACGACGAGGCAAUCUGGCUGCGUACCCACUACGCCCACGGCGACGAUAAAUUCGCCGAGUGGCGCGACAUCGACGAAGACUACGACCCAGCGUUCGAUGAGGGCUCUGCUUUCUGGACGAAACUCGACGAUCCUGAGAUAUUGGAUUUCGGGGAGAGCUGGGAAAGGGUGUUUGAUGUUCUGCCUGAGCUUGCGGGGCCUCAGCAGGGGUAUUCUCGGGGGUUUGGGAGUGGGUAUUCGGGUGAUUAUCUGCCUUCUUUACGUCAGAGACUCAGGGACGCUGUUGCUCGUGCGGAGGAUAAGGGGGAGGAGGUUGAGCAUGGACAUGCUGGGACAGGGCUACAGGUUGUGGCUGUGGAGACGUAUCUCCUUCUCGCGGACGCUGAGGCGUUUGAAACGAGGAAGCUACGGGUGCUGUUUCUUGAUUCUUGGGGAAACAUCGUGCGGUACUCGAGGAUAGAACCGGAGGAUAUCUUUGAUCUUAGGAGUCGGUGGGGUGCGGCGAAGUAUCGCGAUGGUGAGUACUGGUUGGAUAAGAAGGAGAGAGGUGAACCUGGCGGGGUUCUUGGGGAGAAGUAUAGAGCUAGCGGUGAGAUUGGCCUUGCUAUAUAUGGUAUUGAAGGCUUAUGCAAGUAGUUACUGAUCUGAUUGGGGGUGAAGUUUGGUCAUAGUAGAGAAUGCUUUGGCCACCCUGUGAAGGCAAAGGGGUUAAUACAUCUGUUCCUCUAGAGUUACUCUGCAAUAGCCGUAAGAGUGAUCUCAGGGUUUUCAUAUCACCUGCCGGCAUAAUCAAGGGGAUAAUCAUAGAACUUGUGCGGCAAGAAAUGGGAAAGGUUCAUUUGGUAUCUUUAAACGCCAAAAGCAAAACGCCUCCUCGCAGGCCUUCCUAUCCGCC